UGCGGCGGUUCCCCAAGCUCGUCCCGGACGCGCGCCCGGGCGGCGGGGGCUCCGCGGCCAGCGCUGCCUCGGGGGAGCGAGGGCGGGAGGUGUGCGCGCGUGUGAGCGGGGCGCCGGCGGGCUGCGGCGCGGCUCUCGGGAAGCAUGACUCUGGAGUCCAUCAUGGCGUGCUGCCUGAGCGAGGAGGCCAAGGAGGCCCGGCGGAUCAACGACGAGAUCGAGCGGCAGCUCCGCAGGGACAAGCGGGACGCACGCCGGGAGCUCAAGCUGUUGCUGCUCGGGACAGGAGAGAGUGGCAAGAGUACAUUUAUCAAGCAGAUGAGAAUCAUCCAUGGGUCAGGAUACUCUGACGAAGACAAAAGGGGCUUCACCAAACUGGUAUAUCAGAACAUCUUCACGGCCAUGCAGGCCAUGAUCAGAGCCAUGGACACACUCAAGAUCCCAUACAAGUAUGAGCACAACAAGGCUCAUGCACAGUUAGUUCGGGAAGUGGAUGUGGAGAAGGUGUCUGCUUUUGAAAACCCCUACGUAGAUGCAAUAAAGAGUUUGUGGAAUGAUCCUGGAAUCCAGGAAUGCUAUGACAGACGACGAGAGUAUCAAUUGUCUGACUCUACCAAAUACUAUCUGAAUGACCUGGACCGUGUAGCCGACCCUUCCUACCUGCCUACGCAACAGGAUGUGCUUAGAGUUCGAGUCCCCACCACAGGGAUCAUCGAGUACCCCUUUGACUUACAGAGUGUCAUUUUCAGAAUGGUCGACGUAGGGGGCCAGAGGUCAGAGAGGAGAAAGUGGAUACACUGCUUUGAAAACGUCACCUCCAUCAUGUUUCUCGUAGCGCUUAGUGAAUAUGACCAAGUGCUCGUGGAGUCAGACAAUGAGAACCGAAUGGAGGAAAGCAAAGCCCUCUUCAGAACUAUUAUCACAUAUCCCUGGUUCCAGAACUCCUCAGUUAUUCUGUUCUUAAAUAAGAAGGAUCUGCUGGAGGAGAAAAUCAUGUAUUCCCACCUAGUGGACUACUUUCCAGAGUAUGAUGGACCCCAGAGAGACGCGCAGGCAGCUCGAGAGUUCAUCCUGAAGAUGUUCGUGGACCUGAACCCAGACAGUGACAAAAUUAUCUACUCCCACUUCACGUGCGCCACCGACACCGAGAACAUCCGCUUUGUCUUUGCAGCUGUCAAGGACACCAUCCUGCAGCUGAACCUGAAAGAGUACAACCUGGUCUGAGUGGCCUCGGGGCCCAGCCCCUCCCCGGUGGGCUGCUGAAGACCUUCACGAGGGACUGUAUUUCUGUGGAAAACAAUUCGCAUACUACUAUUUAUUGCCGUCCUGGACUCUGUGAGUGUAUCCACAGAGUUUGUAGUAAAUAUUAUGAUUUUAUUUAAACUAUUCCGAGGAAAAACAGAGGAUGCUGAAGUACAGUCCCAGCACAUUUCCUCUCUUUUUUUUUUAGGCAAAACCUUGUGACUGGAUCCAUUUUCCAUUCUCAGUCAUGCGCUCAGAAAGAUAAGUCAGUGUCUCUCUCCCCAGCCCUUUCCCUCCCUUCCUCUUCUCUCUUUUUCUCUCUUUCUCCUCUCUCCUUUUUCUAUUGAGAAGAAAAGAGCUGAUUUCCCUCUUUUCCUAAUCCAUCUUUUUCCUGAAUUUCCCCCCCAGGUUACAACCACCUCUAUUCUAGCUCCAUUCUUGGUCAAGUUUUUCUCUCGAAUGAUAAGACAUUGUCAUUCGACAUAAGCCAUCGUACAUCAGCUUAAUUUAACAAUGUGUAGUAUUUGCUGAAGGGUUAUCUGCGUCACUGCUGUGGUUUUGUGCUAUGCUCCAUGCACACGCAGUGUUUCUUUUCAUAUAUAGAUACAGUCUUGUCUCACUUUGGACUGGGACAGCGGGUGCCCACGGGAUGGUUAAGCGUCGUUUCUGCUGUGUUUUGACUUUUGCCGUAGCUUGAAUGCCCAGAACAAUGCUCAGAAAUCGGACUGGGCAGAUGUACACAGUGGGAAUCCUUUCUUUUGAAAUCCAUGUGCCAUUCUCCUUCCUCCCUUUCUUGCUUUUUUUUUUUUUUUUUUUUUUUUUUUCUGUUUUCUCUUUUUUUUCUUUAACUCUCUCUAAAUUGCAGAUGCCAAAAAUAUGCCAACAAACACUACAUUCCCCCAAUGGCUGCUAUCCUGGUUCUUUUUAGAGGUUGUUCUUAUUUUUUUAGUUCCGACUUUUUCUUUCCUCUUUUUCUCCUUUGUGUUUAGGCCACAAUUUUAAAAUGAUUUUCAUUAUGGUAUGUGCUGCCAAAACUGACCUUUUUUCAAAAUAGAUUUAAAAGAGCUUAAUGAAAGCCAGCCUCUUAAAAAACAAGAGAGUGAGACUGUGAACCCUAAAGUGACUGGCUGAGAACGAACCUGAAACGCCAAUUGCCAAACAGCUGGUAACUGUAAAUUGACUCUCUCAGUCCAUUCUUUUCCCUGCCCUUAAGAUUGAAUUGUUUAUUGUCCAUGUCCCCGGUCGACUGUCCAAAUCAGCAGUGUAGAAAAGCAUCCUUUGUGGUUUAUCACAGAAUCUGCUUAUGUCUGUGUGUUUGAAGCCAGUUUUACGUACUCUUUUUGUUAACUUCAAGUAAGUUUGCCAAGAACAUCAAUUGAUAGUAUUACCCUGAUACCUUUAAUUUGCAAAAAAACCAACAAAACAAAAAAGUGACCACUAGUUUAUCAUAUUCAGGAUCUUCCUGAGUUGAACAUGGUUAAGUUGAACAUGAGAAAAAUUUGUGGACUUAAUUCACAUGUGCCCGUUCAGUGUUCUGUUGAACAUGUAUUUAUGUGACUGAAUCUCCUAGGAGAGAUGCUUGGAAUUUUAGAUGUGCAAUUUUUCAGCAAAUGCAAAAAAAAAAAAAAAAAAAAAAAAAACAAAGCAGCACAUGUGUUGAUAAGCUUCUAUUAAGCACAUAAGUUGAAAUAUGGUUUAAGAAAAUAAAUCAUGAUUGUUAAGCUGCUGAGAAGCUAGAAUUAGGCCAUGAUGCUGGUCUUGAUACUAUUUGGCACUAGUCUAAACUUCUGUAUUCAUCACAUUUUUUGGAGUAACAAAGGGGGGAGAGAAAAUCAACAAUUUAUUAGGUGAGUACUAGAGUUACUCACUGGUAAUGAAAUGUUCAUAUUUUUCACUCUCCUUGUCUCAGAACACCUAAGUUACUGUUUGUUUCUUGCUCAGAAAAGCACCUGUAAUUUAAUUAACAAAACAUCCUGCCUGUAGGUGUAGUGCAAUUAUGAAUGCUCUAAUCAUUGUACAUACAUCUCUCUUGAUAUUGCAGCAUCCAUAUUGGCUUUGUAAUCAUUAAUUUUUGGGCAAAUUGAAUGUGCUGUAUUGAUAUGUAUCUAUGUAAUUGUAUUGUAUGUCUUAUAGCUAAUUCACAUUUUGAAUAAUGUUAUUUUAUUUACUUUUUUAAGAGAGGAGAAUGUAAAUUUGUCAGUUUAUUUCUGACUAGGGAUAUUUUUUUCCAUUUAGAAAAGAAGAAAAAAAACCUUCCUAUCAUACAGAGCGGUACUAGCAUCGUGCUGUAUAAAAUCGUUUGCACAUUCCUGAGUAGAGGUGUACUGAUUAUAAGACCCAAAGGUAAUUUCAUAGCAAAUACAUAAAAUCAGUUGGAGCUUUUAUACAAACAUGGAAACCAACUUUGUAGAACUUUUGCCAUUUGAUCUAGGAUUGGAAUAUGAGCUUUUAUACAAUUCAUAUUCUUAUUUGGCAAAUGCAGUUUAGUAUUACCUCUCUGAUGGCCUUUAUUAGAAAGGCAGUUUUAGAAGCUAUUGUGAUCCACUAAGGAGAUGUUUUAACAGCUAGAGACCACUGCUUGCCUGAAAGGGCGAUCUUAAAUUUGGUGCAGCAAAAACAAAAAAACAAAACAAACAAAAAAAAAAAGAAAAAAGAAAAAAAGUAAAGAACAUUUGAUGGCCUACAGUGUGUAUAGAAAAAAAACCUCAUCACAAGAUCAUAAGUGUUAAAGUUUUAGGGAAUCAAGAUAUUCUAUUUAAUAGAGAUAUAGUAGAUGUAGUUGAUUAAACCUGAUCUCAAAGCUCAUAGAAGCUGAGCAAAACAGGGAAAGAUUGUUAUAUUUGUCUUCAUGAAAUUGGGAUGGAAUUUGCUAUGCAGAAUUGAGGUUUGUGGCUUCACUGCUCCUCCUGGGGUGCAUGACAGGAUCCCUUCUUUUGAGAAAGGAAAAAAUUGAUCACCCUAGCUGCAGUGAUGCGUUGAAACCUAAUCGUAUCCACAUUAGUCAGUCAAAGCUAAAGGAUUUUUGUUGUUUCUUUGGGGUUUUAUCAAAGGGGUGAGGGGCGGGAAGGGAUUCUUUUCAGUUUUGUAUAAAAACAAAGUUUACUCAUGUUUUCUCUUCUAUUGUGAUUGCAAGCGUUCUAAGUGCUGCUGGACUCCGGUCAUUGAUGCUCUGGGUAUGGAGGCUUGUGGGCGAGGUUGAUGGUGACUUGGGCAUGUCUUACUCAAAACACAAAGCACGGCAGCCUUUCUUCAGCACACCAAGGCAGGCAGCCGUUCGUGACUCCAUGAACACACUGCAGUGUACCGGUUUACAGAUGAUUUUCCCCCUUUUUUGUGUGAUGGGGCAGUUCCAACCCACAGAGAAUUCCUGAUUUGUAAAUUGGAGGUUUCUACUAUGCCUUACAGAGCUUAAAUUCAGAAGUUUGUGCCUCAUAUAUGAAACAAAGGGAAAUAAUAUGCCCACUCAGAAGUAAGUCCCCUAGAACUUGUGGGGUUUUGUUUAUUAGGGUUGUGUUUUAUAAUUUUUUUCUUAAUGUUGACAUAUAAAAAGCUCUGCGGAAUGUCAUGAGUAGACUGAAAACAAAAUUUAGGAACCUGCGUAUGUUGUUUACUAACAGAUAACAUUUACAAAAGGUAUUUGAAGAACAUCUGAAACUUUUUGGGGGUAGAUUAACUAGCAAGACUUCAUAUUUAAAAAGGAAAUUGAGCUAAAGGGCAAUUUACUUUUUGUACUUCAGACUAUCAUGAUUGUCAAGGUGUAUGAACUGUAAUUUAAAAAUUUAUACUGCCACAUGAUUGUAAAGUUUAGUUGUUUUAAGUUAGGAAUUGGUAAAAAGUUGUUUAUGCUGGAUUUGGGUCAAAAUGACUUUAUUUGCAAAAAAAAAAAAAAGUAAAAAAUAACAAUGGGAAGAAAGGGCUGCAUAAUGAGCUAUUGCAAGACUCAGAUACUGGUUGGAAAUUUCCCUCAGAUUGCCUUCUGGUUAUUCUCAGUUUCCCUUUGUUUUCAGUUUCUCAAAAAGAAUGAAUGAAAUGAAAUAUAGCAGAAUGUUAACCCAUAUGAAAAUAAAGUGUACCCAAGGAUUGUAAUGUA